AUGACAGCCAGCUCAUCUACACCAACAGAGGGCGUCAAGCGCCUCAUCAAAAGAUGGACAGCUUAUGGCCAGAAGGACCGUUCCAAGUUGGCUGGUGGGGGUGGGGCGCGACAGGACACAGACAUGCUCCACAGCCACCCACAGAUGGUCAGGACCUCGUCGGGUAGACCAGGGCUAGAGGCACAGCCACAGACUCCUGAGCCAGCCACGAGGCUGCUCGACCUGCUGUCUAGCACCCCUCAAGCAGAGCAGGGGAACCCCAGAAGCGGUGAGGGAGCUCCAGCUCGGGGCCCGCUGCAGAGGUCUCAGAGCGCAAGGCAGACGACUAAGAAGGAACACAGGCCCCAGCGACGAAGCAAGAAAGCCCAGAACGCGGCAGAGGCCGAGGAUGUCUUCGCCCCUAGGAAGCCUUCCUUUCCCUUCCAGUGGGCCUGGGAGAGUUUCAUCACCAGAAGCUCCGCCCAGGCUCAGCCCGGCGCCAGCUCGGACUGGGGCUCCCCAGCCUUCUCCCAGCUCACGUCCAGGCACAGGUCGGCCGCCAGCCUCCCAGAAGCCCUGGGCUUCUGCCGGAAGCUGGAGGCACAAAACUUUGAGAGGAGGCAGCAGCCAGGGGGCUGGAGCGCCCCACCUCUCAGCAAAGGGGAAAGCCCAGGGCUGCAGGUGCCCCGCGAGAGCACCCUCUGGCCACCCAGGAAGUCAGCCAGACCAGAACUGGAGUGGGCAGAGGCUGAGGAGCAUGAGAGAGACUUGAGCCCUUCCGAGCUGCCCCAACUGCCCCAGCUGCCCCUGCGGGCCUUGACUCUGGAGGAGGGGCUGUUUUCAGACAUGCCCGGGCAGGAUGAGGAGGGAGAGCACCAGGCCUCCCAAAUGGAGAGGCGGCCUGGUCCUCAGAACAAGGGACAGAAUUGUGGUGAAGAGGCUUCCAGUGAGGGCCACGGCCGUGGACACGGCUCUGGCUCCGACGGCCUCGGUGGGUCACAGAGGAGAAAGGUGAAGGCCAAAGAGCUUCAGGGUCCCUGGGACCUGGAGAUGCCACGCAGGCGAUUACAGCAGAACCUGGACUGUGGUGCCCAGAAGCAGCCUUGGAAAGCUUUCCAGACUCCUGGCCAGGCCUCUGACCGAAGUGGGAAGGCACACGUCGUGGGAGAGGACGAGAUCUUCCCAUCAACCAACUUCCCCAAUCGCACCUUCCACAAACGACAGGAAGCCACCAGGAGCCUGCUGCAGGCCUGGGAGCGAAAGCAGCAGGAAGAGCGCCACCAGGCUGAGUUACGUCGGGCUCGUGAGCAGCGGGUUCAGCAGCAGGUGGCCCGCUGCCUGGCAGCGUACGGCUCCCGAGCUAACCGGAGGCCCUGGGUCAACCAGCGCAAACUGGAGGAGCUGAGGCGUCAGGAGCGGCAGCGCUUUGCUGAGUACCAGGCGGAGCUGCAAGGCAUCCAGCACCGUGUGCAGUCCCGGCCUUACCUGUUCCAGCAAGCUAUGCAGGCCAACGCCCGGCUCUCAGUGACCCGUCGCUUCUCCCAGGUGCUGUCUGCCCUGGGACUGGACGAAGAGCAGGUGUUGGCUGAGGCAGGGAAAGGCGAGCCGGAGGGCAGCUCCCGGAAACCCAGGUGCCACAGGUCCCCAGGGGUGAGUACGCAGCACCUUCCCUCUCAGGGUCCCCAAAGACAGACAGCAGCAGCCAAGGCGACAGACCUCAAAACUCCAGCGUGAACAUGGCCAGCAGCCCUCAAAGACAAAAAUUAAAG